AUGGCCGACCGCACGCAGCCAUUGGUGCUGCACCACAAGAACCCGGUGCCGUCCUACGUGCCCAACACUUGGCGGUGCUCGAUGCUGCACAAUGCGUGCCUCACGCUGUCCACGCCGCAGCCGACGUGCUCCGCUCGAUGCCGCAAGCGACCGUGGCGGCUGGACGUGUACGGGCCGAACGCGUCAUCGCAGGUGCGCCAAGUCCUCGCCGAGCGCCGCUUCAUGCGUGAUCCCAUCGAAAGCUUUAAGUUGCGCCCCCUCCAGCGCGACGUCCACAACAUGAGCGCCGGAGCGGUGCCGCCGUCACCCAUACUGCGUGGCGAGGCCGGAGGCCUCACGAUGAUCUGGCCCGUUUUUGAGCCUUCGUACGGCGACUUUUGGCGCGACACGAUGCUGCCUCUCGGGCACCUGCUCUCGUUGGGACGGCUUCCGCACCGACUCGGCUUUUCGGGGCUGCCGACCGGCUCGGGCGCGCUGGCGAGGACUAAUGCGGUGGAGGGGCUCGAGCGGAUACGUAGCGUGUGCACCUUUGAGCGGACGUCGCCUCGCACAUUGCGGUGCGAGGACGCGUGCUACGAGAGCGUGCGGCUGUGCGAGAUCCUCCCGCACAGCUCGUUGCGCGGAAGUGCCGCGUGGCUCGCCAUGGCGUCUCUCGAUGCCGCGCUCGGCUUCAAGGCACGGUACGCGCGCCGAUUCAUCCUCAACCUGAACGAGGUGGUGGCUGCGUGCGACGGCUUGCUCCUUGGCGGUUGGACGCUGCGAUGCGAGGCGCACGCCCUCGCGGGAAUGUCGCUGCACGCCGUGGUCGCCAAGAUGCGGCAGACGGACGUCUUUGUCUCGAUGCACGGCGGCGAUUGCAUCAACGCGCUGCACAUGCGCCCCGGCCGCGCAGUGAUCGAGCUGGUCAACCACGGGUUUGAGAAGGCGCCGUGGGUGUGGCUGGACCAGUACAUGCGGCUCGUCAAGAGGACUUUUCGCGUGCGGCGCAUCGUGCUGCCGUCCACUUCGGGCCAACGAGCUUCGGGCAGCAACCAGACGCAGAACUGGAAGCAGAUGCAAAAGAAUUUCGCAGACGCGUGGAACGCCAACGGCACUCUGCCAUGGCCUCGCUUGCGCGACGAACUCCAUGCCAUCGUCCACGAGCGCCUUCUCACACGGGCGGCGGGAGGGCAGCCGCAGCAGCCGCCACUGCAGCGGCAGCAGCCGCAGCCACCGCAGCAGCAGCGGAGGCGGCACAUGACACGGCUCGAACAUGAGGGAGUGGACGAACCACCACCCAAGUACGGCACGUUGGUGGUGCUGGUGCCGUACUUUGGAGCCCUGCCGCCGUGGCUGCCGAUUGCGCUCGCGUCGAUGGGUGGUCCCAACGCCGAGUUGGUCCGGUUCUUCAUCGUGGGUGAUGCGUCGGUUCCACCGGACGUCUCGGUGCCGUCGAACGUGCGCUUUGUGCCGGCGGAAUGGGACGAGGUGCGCAGGCGGGUGCGCGAGAAGCUGGGCGUGGACAUGCCGUACGACUCGCCGAGCUACCAGUGCAAGGGUUGCGUGAUGUACAGCUCAGACCGCGCGGCUGCGAAUGCGAGCGUUCUGGCGGCCGAGGCGAGGGCGAGGGUGGCCGGGAGUUUGCUCCACCACAGCAACAAGGUGACGGACCUCAAGCCCUUCAUGGCGGCUCUGUGGCCCGAGUUGCUAGCGGGCGCGGCGUGGUGGGCGUGGGGCGACAUCGAUGUCCUGUGGGGCGACCUGCCUCGCUACCUCGCCCUCGCGCCGCCCCGCGGCUCGUUUGUGUGUCCGCUGCUGCCAAACCCGUGGGGCGCAGCCACGUGGGGUCCCUUCACGGCCUGGCGCAUCGCGCACAACACCACAGAGCUCUUCCGUGAGUCGCGCAAGUGGCGGCGCGUCCUGCAGGAGCCGCGGCCGAUGCAGUUCGACGAGUGGUGGGGCUCUGGCAGCAGCGACUGGCGCAUGUCCUUCGUGGUGCAGCGGCUGGUGCGGCAAGGGCGGCUGGGCGAUGCGGGCGUCGCGCUGCCUCUCGCGGAGGCCAAGAGCUGCGUCGACCCGUGCGCCUGGUGCCCGUGCGGCGCACACACCUUUGAGUGGCGCGCCUCACGCGGCGCCGACGGCGUGGGCGGGCUGCGCGUCAACGGCGGCUCCGAGGUGAUGCUGCUUCACCUCGCAAUCGCAAAAAGGGGGUGGGACGCUGCCAACACGCCGCCGCAUGUGGCGAGGGCGACCUGCUUGCAUGGCCGCAUCGGCACCCAGCGCACGCGCCGCGGCGCGCCGGCGGCGGUGCGGCCCGCGCCGCUGGAGCGCAACCGCCCGGCCCGCGGCACGGGCAGGAGCAUCUCGUACGGCGGCCGCGUCGCAGUGGGUGUGUGCGACGCCGCCGACGGCAGUCGACAGCGGAAGAGAGAGAGCUGA